AUGUGCAUGAUUCUCGUUCUGAUUCUCGGCGAUCUCCAUAUUCCCCACCGAACAGCCGAUCUCCCCGCCAAGUUCAAGGCGCUGCUGGGCCCCGGCAAGAUUCAACACAUUCUUUGCACCGGCAACCUCUGCAGUAAGGACAGCUUUGACUACUUGAAGAGCCUCGCCAGCGACGUUCACGUCGUGAAGGGAGAUUUCGACGAGGUCGUGACUGUCGGUCAGUUCAAGAUCGGUCUCUGCCAUGGCCACCAAAUCGUGCCGUGGGGCGAUGUGGAGAGCCUCUCUCUGCUCCAGCGACAGCUUGACGUUGACAUUCUCAUUACUGGCCACACACACAAGUUUGCCUCGUUCGAGCGUGAGGGCAAGUUCUUCAUCAACCCCGGUUCGGCAACCGGUGCUUUCACUCCCCUCGACAGCGAGAUCAACCCAUCCUUUGCCCUUAUGGACAUCCAAGGCGCCAACGUUGUCGUGUACGUGUACACCCUCCGUGGAGAGGAGGUCAAGGUUGAGAAGCUUGACUACAAGAAGCAAGCUUAA